AUGGUGGUGGUGUUGGAAAGAGUGAGAAAAGAAAUGGAGUUUGAGGGUUUACCAGAAGGCUGCAUCGCCAACAUUCUCUCUGGCACCACACCCAUAGAUGCCUGCAGGCUCUCCCUCGUUUCCAAGCUUUUCCGUUCGGCCGCGGAUUCCGACGCUGUGUGGGAAAGUUUUCUUCCUGCCGAUUACGGUUCCAUCAUAUCCCAAUUUCCUAACUAUCCUUCCAAGAAGGCCCUUUAUCUUGCUCUAUCGGAUCGUCCUGUCAUUGUCGACAACGGCAGAAAGAGCUUUCAAUUGGAGAAAAAGAGUGGGAAGAAGUGUUGCAUGCUUUCUGCCAGAGCUCUCACCAUUACUUGGGGCGACACUGAGGAGUAUUGGGGCUGGACAACCAAUGCUCAUUCCAGGUUCCCAGAAGUUGCCGAACUUAAAAAUGUGUGUUGGCUUGAAAUUCGUGGGGCGUUAAACACCCUUACCUUGUCCCCGAAUACUCAGUAUGCUGCUUAUAUUGUUUUCAAGACUAUCAAUGCCCGUGGACUUGCUAACCGUCCCGUUGAGUUAGCAGUGGAUUUCUUAGGUGACCAUGGUAGUACCAAAAUUGUGUGUUUGGAUCCAAGAGUACAAUCAUCAAGGAACAACAGAGUUGCGGGGUUGCAACGUCCCAAUGUAAGAAGUGAUGGGUGGUUGGAGAUUGAGAUGGGAGAGUUCUUCAAUACAACUUUAGAAGAUGAAGUGGAGAUGAGUGUCAUGGAGGUAAGGGGUGGUAAUUGGAAGUCUGGUCUGGUUGUUGAAGGAAUAGAACUGAGGCCGAAGUAUGAGAAUUAA